AUGAGUUACAGUGAUACUAGUUCCUUUAGGGACACUGCAGCUGCUACAGGCAGUGAAGAUUUUGACAAGAGCAGUAAGGUCAGGGAACAUGAUGGUAGUGAAGAUAUUCCACAAGGUUACAAUGAACAAUCCAUUCCAAUGGUGGUCAAGUCAACUUCCAAGUCUUACGGUAUUAGAAGGAGUGAAAUUUUGGUUGAACAGUUCACUCAUCCUGCAUUCAGCAUUUUGUUCCUUUUUUGUGUGUUUAUUUGUGCGUAUGCUUAUUCUUUAGACGGUACUGUUAGAUUUACUUACCAAGGAUACGCUACCAAUUCUUAUGAUCAACACUCAUUAUUAGCUGCCAUUAAUGUUAUUAGGAGUGUUAUUGCUGCUGCUUCCCAACCGACAUAUGCUAGAUUAUCUGAUAUUUUCGGAAGACUCGAAUUACUUAUUUUUUCCAUUAUUCUCUACGCUAUGGGUACUGUCAUUGAAUCGCAAGCUUACGAUAUUUACAGAUUUGCUGGUGGUUCGGUUUUGUAUCAAGCCGGUUAUUCUGGUGUUAUGUUGAUCUUGCAGGUUAUUUUGGCUGAUUUCUCCAACUUAAAUUGGAGAUUGUUAUGCUCACUUAUUCCAGCCACACCGUUUAUUAUAAACACAUGGGUUUCAGGUAAUGUUACAGAAUCAGCUUUAGCUACUUAUUCAUGGAACUUUUGUAUUGGUAUGUGGGCAUUUAUUUUCCCAUUGGCCUGUAUUCCAAUACUUGGCUGUUUAAUUGCUAUGCAAGUGAAGGCUCGUAAGACUCCUGAAUGGCGCCAAAUUAGAGCUGAGGAGAAGGAAUCUAAUAGAUGGAGAUCAUGGAAGGACAAUGUAAUUGUUGAUUUAUUCUUUAAGAUUGAUGUUAUUGGUAUUCUCUUUAUUAUCUGUAUUCUUGGUUUCAUUUUGGUGCCUAUGACUAUCGCCGGUGGUAAGACUGAUGACGGUGCAGUUAGAGAAGCUUGGAAGGAAGCAAAAAUCAUUGUUCCGUUAGUUAUUGGAUUUGUCUUGAUAUUUCCUUUCAUAUUAUGGGAAUAUAAGUUUUCUAAAUACCCUGUUGUCCCAUUCCAGCUUAUGAAGGACCGUGGUGUUUGGUCAGCAUUGUUUAUUGCUAUCAUGAUUAACUUCGUUUGGUAUUUGCCAAAUGACUUUAUGUACCCUGUUCUCUUAGUCGCAAUGAGGGCUAGUAUCAAGGCCGGUACCAGAAUAACAUCAUUAUAUUCGUUUGUAUCAACAAUUACUGGUGUUCUCUUCGGUCUCUUAAUUGUGCCAUGGGCUAGAAGGUUAAAACCAUUCAUUAUUUUCGGUGGAUUGUGUUGGAUUGCCUCAAUGGCUAUUCUUUAUUCAUAUAGAGGUGCAAAUGAUGGUAUUGAAUCAGAGAAGUACCUUAAUGGUGUUAUUGGAGGUUUAUGUUUUAUGGGUUUUGGUGCUGGAUUAUUCACAUAUCCAACUCAAGUUUCUAUUCAAACAUGUACCAAUCACGAACACAUGGCCAUUGUUAUCUCAUUGUACUUAGCGUUUUAUAACAUUGGAUCGGCAUUUGGAUCUUGUGUUAGUGGAGCUGUUUGGACCAAUACAUUGUAUAAAUAUCUUUUGGAUAAGUUUACGGAAGCUGGUCUUGAUACCAGUGCAGCGGAACUUGCUUACGGUAAACCAUAUGACUUUAUUGCGAUUUAUACAUGGGGUACACCAGAAAGAGUUGCAGUUGUUUUAGCAUAUGCACAAACCCAGAGACUUUUAUGUAUAAUUGGUUUAUGUUUAAGUGUUAUUUUAUUCAUUGCCACAUUCUUGUUGAGAGACCACAAAUUAGAAAGUGUGCAAUCAUUAGAGUUGGCUCAUGAAGAAGGAAUCAAAGCAGAAGAUGGUGAGGUGGUUGUCAACGAUUAUGAUAAUGAUCUUGUCUUUUCAAAGAUUAAGUCCUUAUUCAAACGCAAAGAGAAGAACGAUGCUAUCUGA